CCGUUAAUCUGAGUCCGCUUCUCAGUCCGCCAUGAGGGACUACUCAGCCACUCCGGGCCAUCAGGACGCCUGUAUGCCGUGCUGCCAAGUUUGCGUCUUCGCCUUUACCGCAUUUCUCCUCGUUGCAGAGAGGACGGCGCUGAUAUACUGCUUUGUGUACUAUCUGUGGAUUGGUCACAACUACUGCUAUGCCCAUCUCGCUGGCUUCACUGCACUGUUCUUGCUGCCAGGUUGGGGCCCUCAGUGGCUCAGUUAUCUCUGGUACCUGUCAGAUGGACGCAUCCGCAGGAAGUCUCUCACCUGGACACACAUACUGCACCUGGGUAUCUUCAAAAGGCUGUGGGGGUGCAUGUGUCUGUCUGACGAGGAUGUGUAUGGUGAGAUCAUGCAGCAGGCUGAUGUAUCUGCCUUACGUCUGUUUGAGGCCUUGGUAGUCACCCUCCCUCAGACACUGCUGCAGACCUAUGUGCUCAUCUGCACUGACAUAGGAAUCAAAUCUCCAGCCUUAGCAUGUUUUGUGGUGUGUUUGUUAUCUCUGGCCUGGGCCUUGGUCCUCUACGCCAGAGCCUGCUCUCUCAUCAGACCAGGACACCUACAAAUGACGCCUGCUGCCAUUCUCUGUCGACUUCUGUGGAGGGUCAGUAUGUUGGGAUCUCGGUUUGCCAUUCUCAUGCUCUUCACACGUAUCUUCAAGCAAUGGGUCCUGGGAGUCAUUGGUGUGCACUGGCUGGGUGCAACUUUCUGGAUGGUGUCCCAGCAGACCGACAUCAUACGUUCAACUAGUCGAUGGAGAAUCUUCAACCUGGUUCUUGGAGCUAUUCACAUCUUCUUGUUUCUCAAUGUGAAGUAUGGUCAAUCCAGAUACCGCAUGGCUGGGUUCUAUCUGGCCAUGUUCAUAGAGAACGCUUUUCUUCUUCUGGCCUCGUCAUGGUUGUUUACCAUGGUGUCCUGGGACACUGUGGGAAUCCCAGCUGCAAUCUUCUGCAGCUUCCUCAUUGGAGUGAUAGCGUUGGUGCUGUACUAUCGAUUCCUCCAUCCAAAGUCCUUUGAGAUUUUCCAGAGUAUUCGCCACAGGGGGAUAGGAGGAGCCUGCACUGAGCGUGGAUCUACACUGUCCCUGGAGGAGAAAGUCACACCCACUUUCCAUCGCCAUGCAACAUUGUCUGGAGGUGGGACCCUCAUGGAUCUUCCUAUCCAAUGGGAAGGCUGGAAACAUCAUCACUGGCUGCUGAUUCGCUUGGCGAUGAAGACAGGGGAUGUCACUAAAAUCUGGUCGUCGUAUGGCGAGGGGGGACUAGCCGGACUGAUGGGUCUGUCUGAAGAGCUGCACUCCCCUGAUGAACAUCGAGUCCCUCGUGUUCCACUUGUUCAGCCACAUGUUCCUCAGAUCACACAACUUCCACAUCCAGCCCCUCAACCAGCUCCACCACAGGUGCAAGAGGUGGUCCAGCCACCAAAGCCAGUUCCCUCCACUGUAAUAGCCCGGCCAGUGAGAAGAGCUCCACCCACAACUAUCCAGGAUAUGAGAACCUUUCCAGAGAUCAUCCCGGUCCAGGAGGUCAUUAUGGAGGAGAGUGCUGAAGACGAGUCCAGCGCUGCACCAUCAGAGAAAGGAGAAGAGGACUUUCAGAGUGCUGCCUACGGCUCACCAACACCUUCAUCUCCACGGCAACCAGGCAGCCUCCGCCACAUCGACAGCAACGCCGCAUCCCUGACCGAAGCCUCGUCCUCCGUAGGUUCCCUGGACAUCAAGACUCCCGGCUGGUCACCUGAGCGACGUUCCCCUCUCCUGAUCGGUUCCCCGGAGAAAAAACCAGCGCUCCCCGGAGAAUCCAGCACCACACUGUACUUCAGUGCAGAUGCACAGUCUCCCUCCAGUGGGAGCUAUCUUGGCUGGGGCUCCGAGUUGUCGCCCAUCUCCACCUACAGAAGUCCCUACCGGAUCAGGGAGGCUCGUUUUAUUACAUCCACCCCACGCCUCGAGCCUCGAGCUGGGGCCGAAAGUCCUGGUCCUUCCCCUGUUGUUAUCAUCCCUGCCACUCCUGGUACAACGCCAGGCCCCACCCCAGGUGGAACCCCUGGUGCGUCAACUCCUUCAGCUUCUACACCUGCAGCUUCGACUCCUGGUGCUUCGACUCCUGGUGCUUCAACUCCUGCAGCUUCGACUCCUGGUGCUACAACACCCGGUACUCCAAUCGUUCCACUCACUCCACUCUCCCACGCUCGCAAACAGCUGGUCCAGUUUGUGGACAGUAGAGAGAGAAUGGUGUAAGGAGGAUGGGGGGUGAAGGGGAAGAACAACUGGGUGGGCAGUGAUGUAUUUUUUAAUUUAGCAGUUAAGGGUAUACAUGAAUUCAUACAUUAUCUAACCUGGGGAAUGCUUGGUGCAGGGCCUUUUAGCUCAGUCAUGGGGGGAUAUAUGUAGAACCUGAUAAUAUAAUAAAUUCCCGAUAAUGUAAUAACCCCAAUAAUGUUCUAAAAAUCUGCACUUGAGUCCAUUGAAAAUGUAAUAAAACCUGAUAAUGUAAUAACUUCCCGAUAAU